AUGUCAUUUGGCUGCACAAAAACAAAUAUAAAACGAGCCCUACCGUUGAUCUUCCAACUUUAGCUGCAAAAAACACCUGCACAAACGCUCAAACAACUACAGCCGGAAUAUUAUUUUCCGGCCACCGGCGUCAACUAUCAUCCCAAUCACCCCCUCAGAAUCAUCACAACUGUAUCAAUAUAUCUUGCUAGCUAAGUUAGAUUCAAACGAAUCAACCGGAGGGAUUGUAAGGUGGCGCGUAACAUGGGAUUUUUCAUUUGUCCGCUGCAGUCUCCGGCGAGGUUAUUAUGGAGUACUAGCUUCUUCCGCCACAAGAUUAGGAUUUUCUAAAACUAGCCACCCUUUUUCUCCCUCGUUGAAUCAUUAAAGCACACACAAACUUAUUCUACUCUUAAGUUAUAAUAUUACUUUCCAUUUCCCCGGAAAGCUUUUAUUUGAUUGCCGGAGAUUUCAUUUAUAAUAAAUAUAAUAAUCAAACAAGCUUUGAUCAAAAAUGGAUUCCGGCCAUUUUUUCUUUAAUAAUCCACCAUGCAACGGCAACAUGUCGUUCCUCGGGAAUUGCGAUUCAGUUUUUCGAGGAGCAAGAUCAGUGAUUAACAUGGAGGAUUCUUCGAAAAGGAGACCGUUUUUUAGCUCGCCGGAUGAACUGUUUGACGAGGAAUAUUACGAUGAACAGUUGCCGGAAAAGAAGCGACGGCUCACUGCUGAACAGGUGCGCUUGCUGGAAAAGAGUUUCGAGACUGAAAACAAGCUGGAGCUGGAUCGUAAAACUCAGCUAGCCAAGAAUCUUGGGCUGCAGCCGAGGCAGGUGGCUGUAUGGUUCCAGAACCGCCGCGCAAGGUGGAAGACUAAACAACUUGAGAGGGACUACGAUCACCUUAAAUCCUCCUAUGACUCUCUCGUCUCAGACUACGACUCCAUUCGCAAGGACAAUGAGAAGCUCAAAGCUGAGGUGGUAUCCCUGUCUGAGAAACUACAAGCAAAAGAGAUAGUUAGGGAGCCGACACCAGAUAAAAACCCCGAGGAGGUAGUUUCCGCAGAAGCAGCAGGUGGUGGCGUAUCAGUAACAGUGAAGGUGGAGGAUCGGCUGAGCACGGAGACAGGUGGGAGUGCAGUAGUGGAGGAAGACGGGCGUCAAGUCAUGGACAGCGGAGAUUCUUAUUUCCCUAACGACAAUGAUCAGGUGAAUGACUACUCAAGAUGUCUGUCAAUGGAUCAGGUUCAUUCAGAUGAGGACGACGGCAGUGGGGACGGGCGCAACAGUUAUUUCUAUCAUGAGUUUGUGGAAGUUGAUCGGGUUGAGCCAGAGGCGCACCAUCGGGACGAGGGAGAGGCUCUGGGGUGGUGGGUGUGGUCCUAAGAAAAUAAGCACCAUGGCCUAGCACAUUAUAAUUAUUGUUGUUAUUGUGUGUAUUCCAAUUUGCACUACUUAAAAAACUGUUGAUCACCUUGUAAUCACAUUGUGUCAACUAUCUAUAGUACUGCUACAUGUAUCAUGUAUACUAGUGCUCUAUGUUUUUGUUUAUGAAUAAAACGACCUGUACUACUUGUUUUCUAUAAA